UCGGCAUCUUCUCUCGGAUACCUGCCCUUCCCCUGCCCCUUAAAUCCUCACUCUCUCCCACGCUUCUUGCUCGCAUCACAGCUACGCACCACCAUGGACGCCAUCGAUUCCCCUCUCGAAGCUCUCGUUUUCAACUGCGCCAGCUUCGGCUUCUUCACCCUCGUCAACAACCUCUGGACCUGGCUCGCCCUCUUCACCGCCUCCCUCAGCCUGUGGAAGAUCUGCGCUAGACCCCAUUUGCCUCUUCCUCCUCCUCCGCCGCCCUCCAAUGAUCGGAGCUUAAGCGGGUCUCGGUCGGACGAACCAGAGCGACCGGUGGAAAACCUCGUUCUACAUGAAGCUCCCGUCACGAGCGAGCCGGCGAUGAGUGUUUUCUCCGCAGGCAACGGCGACGUCGAUGGAGUGAGCAGGGGGAAGUUUACUGUGUACUACGAGGAUGACAACGAAUGCGAGUCGGUGGAGGAGCUGAAGGGGACGUCGGAGGAGUGUUGUGACGGCAAUUGCGGCUUGGAAUCGGAGUGGUGGGAGAAAUGGGAUAAAAUGUUGAAGAAGAGGACGGGAGUGAGCGGGUGGUACAUGUACCAGGAUUUAACGGACCUCAACGGUAACGUCGUCAAAUUCUGGGAUUCUGGGACUGGUAAUAGUAGAUUUCCAAAAGAAGUGACGACGAACAACUCAAGUUGUAUGGUCUGGUAGAUUCAUAUGAAUGAACGGAUGCUCAUGAAGAGAUGCUACUAAGAUUUAGAUUUAUAUAUAGCUAAUUUGGGUUAGUAGUAGUUCGGAUGACGAAAAAAAAAACAUGAACCAUCCAUGGAACCUCGAUUCCCAGACGCAAAUGUACAUUCGGUGUGCCGUGCGUGAGUUUUUUGAUCUCUUCCUCGUCUCUUCCCUGGACCAUUAUAUAAUUAAUAGUCUAUUUUCUUAA